AUGAGUGGCAUUAAGAAUGAAGCAUUUCUGACCGAAAUGGAGGACGGUACGACACCUUCGCAACGCAAAUCGAACGGAUUCAUGACAGUGGUGGAGGGAGUACCAUCAAUAACGUACGAGCACGAUGAGACAGCUCCCGGCGACGGGCGACAGGCGGCCAGAACCGAACGGGGCCAAUCGACCGACAAACUUUACGACAGACUCAACGGGGCCAUCGAGCGUCACAGGAAACACAUCGCAUUGGGCAUCUACAUACUGCUCAAUGUCGUUGUGGUAGUGUUCUUCGGCUUCGCCACCAAUUACUACCUCGAGUACGAGCAAGAUGAUUGUGGUAUGCAGUGGUGCGACGGUUACGGUAUGCUGGUACUGCUCAUUGGGUUCAUCUAUUUGGGUCUGCUGUAUUACUACCUGGUGAAACCAUUGCUGGGAAGUCACUUUAAGCAGUACCUCGUUCAGCCGGCUGUCAGAAUUCUAACCCACUACACUAAACCUUGGUACAUCCGCUUAGGUGCCGUCUGUUUGGUGUUGGUCGGUUUUGGUCUGUUCGUGUACUUUGAAACCCGUGACCAAACCGAACGGCUCAUAUCACUCUCCGGCAUGGCCAUCCUGCUGGUCAUCGCGUUCGUCAUAUCGAAGCACCCGACCAGAAUAAACUACCGGCCCGUCGUGCUCGGUGUGAUCUUCCAGUUCCUGCUCGGACUGUUCUGCAUCCGGUGGGAGGUGGGCCGCAGUAUAUUUUCCUGCGUUGGCAAUAAGGUGGCGACGUUCCUCAACUACGCCAAGGAAGGUGCCUCGUUCGUGUACGGCCAGGUUCUGGUCGGUGACGGCGAGAACGAGUACGCGAUCUUUGCGUUCGCCGUGCUGUCUGUGAUAUACUUCUUCAGCUUCUUCAUCUCCAUCCUGUACUACCUCGGUGCGAUGCAGUGGGUCGUCCUGAAGCUGGGCUGGAUACUGCAGUCGAUCCUUGGCACGACCGUGUGCGAGAGUGUGAUCGCUGCGGCCAACAUAUUCCUGGGCAUGAGUGAGUCACCGCUGCUGAUCCGACCGUACCUGAAAGAUCUGACCUACUCGGAGAUACACUCGAUCAUGACGUCGGGUUAUGCGACCGUGUCCGGCACGGUGCUGGCCGCGUACAUCUCGUUCGGUGCGAAUCCGGCACAUCUGGUCACGGCCAGCGUUAUGGCAGCGCCGGGCGCACUCUGCUUCGCCAAAAUGAUCUAUCCCGAAACGGAAGAGAGCAAAACGCGUGCGGACAACAUACAAAUGGAGGAAGCCACUGACUCUUCCAUGCUGGAUGCGGCUAGUAAUGGUGCCAGCGCAGCGACCCCGAUCGUCCUGGGCAUCAUAGCCAACCUGAUCGCGUUCGUAUCGUUUGUUGCCUUCCUGAACGGAUUGCUUGCGUGGUUUGGAUGGCGCGUCGGCUGGGAGGACGUCUCGUUGGAAAACAUCUUCGGCACCAUCUUUCGGCCGCUCGCAUUCGUGAUGGGUGUCCCCUGGGACGAUAGCUACUACGUCGGUAAAGUGAUCGGCAUCAAAAUGAUCGUGAACGAGUUCGUAGCCUUCCAACGCCUCGGAGACUUCAUCACGGAGCAGGUGAUAUCGCCCAGAUCAGCUGCGAUCGCCACGUAUGCGGUGUGCGGUUUUGCGAAUCCUAGCUCCAUGGGUAUCAUGAUCGGUACGCUCAGCGCCAUGGUGCCCAACAAGCGUAGCGUCAUUACCUCGGUGGCGUUCCGUGCAUUUUUGUCUGGAUCAAUCGUGUGCUUCAUGACGGCCAGCAUCGGUGGGCUGCUGAUGGACGAUGCGAUUUUCAACAACUUUGGCAAGAUGGGUUCGCUCGAUGAAUCGAUCGUGCUGAACAGUACCAUUCCAAUCUUAACUCACUAG